AUGUCUCAGUCUAAAGGCAAGAUGAAUUUGAAGGAGUACUUCCAAAGGAUUGGUUUCCACAGCUCCUGUCAUAAAGCGGAUCUCGCAACUCUGAAGUUGAUCCACAAUCUGCACGUCAUGUCCAUUCCGUUUGAAAACCUCAGCAUCCACUGCAGUGAGAGGAUCGUCAUGGACCUGGAGGUUAUUUUCAGUAAGAUAGUGAGGAGCAGCCGUGGAGGCUGGUGCCUCGAGAACAACUACCUGUUUGGAUGGGUGCUGAGAGAAAUGGGCUUCGACGCCACCACGUUGGGAUCCAGAGUGUUCAAUAGUAUCAUCAGUGACUUUGGUCCGGUUAGUUCUCAUCUCAUUCACAAAGUCAUCAUUGAUGGGAAGGCUUAUGUAGCUGAUGUAAGCUUUGGGGUGUCGUCUCAGAUACGGGAGCCUCUGGAGCUCAUCUCAGGGAUGGACCAAGCACAGGCAGCGGGGGUGUUUCGUCUCAUCGAAAAAGGGGACACCUGGAUCCUGGAGAAGACUGGUAGAAAACCAAAGGUCCUCAACCCUGAGUUUGCCAACUCCAGUCUGGUGAGCAGGGAGGAAACAAAGCAGAUCUACUGCUUCCUCCUGCAGCCUUGUGACAAGGAGCAUUUCUCAGCAAUAAAUCACUCACUUCAAACAGAUCCAACCUGUCUGUUCACCAACAAGUCCAUCUGCUCGUUGCAGACACCUACGGGAUUCAAAGCUCUGAUUGGCUGGACCUACAGUGAGGUCACCUACAAACCUGAGGAAGAGACUGAUGUUCUAGACAUGAGGAACAUUGCAGAGGAUGAGCUUGAACAGGUUCUGAGGGAGCAGUUUAAUGUGAAGCUGCAGAACAAACUGAAGCCUGUAAACAGAAAAGCUUCCUACACCUUAUAG